CUUCACGAUUGGACGCCUGUUUGCCUCUUUAACGCAAGUGAGGAACUGGAAAGCCGACUUCUUUUCACAUAAGGACAGUUCAUCUGUGUAAUCGGACCUCACUGACUUGCGACUUCUACACUAUCUGAUACGCAGGUAAGACAUGCCAUCAGUACCAUCUAGUUCAGAGACAGCUGGGAAUGAGCCCAUCUGCCCACAUGCUGCAAAGGUCCUCAAGAAUGGGGACUCCACCAAUGGAAAACCUGUGAUCAACAGUGAUGGCAAACUGAAAGAAGAAGCAAUCUUGAAUGGCAAGACUGGAUAUAAUAGCUCCCAUAUGAAUGAAACAAAUGGUCAUAAUGUAAAGAGCAUGAACGAAGAGCAUAUGGAGAACGGACCUGAGGUCACCAUGGAGAGGAAAUGGAUUCGCCCAGAUUUGCCCAGCAGAUGCACUUGGAAACUCGGUGACCCAAACACAGAGUCGCCCCACAACCAUUACCAACGGAAAAAGACCCCCAGUAUCCUUCCCAACAUUCUGAGUAUGAUUGGAGAGACCCCACUGGUCCGCAUGAACAAGAUUCCCAAAAUGUUUGGCCUCAAGUGUGAGCUCUUGGCUAAAUGUGAGUUCUUCAAUGCCGGCGGCAGCGUGAAGGACAGAAUCAGUCUGCGCAUGAUAGAGGAUGCUGAGAGAGAUGGCUUACUUAAACCUGGAGACACCAUCAUUGAGCCCACAUCAGGAAACACAGGUAUUGGCCUUGCCCUGGCAGCGGCAGUCAAAGGUUAUCGCUGCAUCAUUGUCAUGCCUGAGAAGAUGAGUAUGGAAAAGGUGGAUGUUCUCCGAGCUCUUGGUGCUGAGAUUGUUCGAACCCCUACCUCAGCCCACUUUGAUUCUCCUGAGUCUCAUGUCGGUGUGGCUUGGCGUUUAAAGAAUGAGAUUCCUAAUGCUCACAUUCUGGACCAGUACCGCAAUCCCAGUAACCCUCUGGCUCACUACGACACAACUGCAGAAGAGAUUCUGGAGCAGUGUGAUGGUAAAGUAGACAUGCUGGUGGCUGGAGCCGGCACUGGUGGCACCAUCACUGGCAUCGCUCGCAAGCUGAAAGAGAAAUGCAGUAAUAUCAAGAUUGUUGGAGUGGACCCUGAGGGCUCUAUACUUGCUGAGCCAGAGGAGCUUAAUAAGACUGAUAUAACUCAGUAUGAGGUGGAGGGCAUCGGUUAUGACUUCAUCCCCACUGUCCUGGACCGAUCUUUGAUCGAUAUUUGGUACAAGUCCAAUGAUGACGAGUCUUUUGCCAUGUCUCGAAUGCUUAUCAGAGAGGAGGGGCUUCUCUCAGGUGGCAGUUCAGGCACAGCCAUAUCUGCUGCGGUGCACGUAGCCAAAGAGCUGAAAGAAGGCCAGCGCUGUGUGGUGAUCCUGCCCGACUCCAUCCGCAACUACAUGUCUAAAUUUCUUAGCGAUAAGUGGAUGUGUGAAAAAGGUUUCCUGCGAGAGGAGGAUCUUGUUGUCAACAAGCCAUGGUGGUGGAACUUAACUCUGCAGGAACUUCGGCUCUCUGCCCCUCUCACUGUGCUCCCUUCUGUGUCCAUUAAGAAGACCAUUCAGAUUCUGAAAGUGAAGGCUUUUGACCAAGCACCUGUGGUGGACGAGGCCGGGCAGAUUCUGGGUAUGGUCACGUUGGGGAACAUGCUCUCUUCUGUUCUGGCUGGGAAAGUCAGGCCAUCUGAUGCUAUAAGUAAAGUUCUCUACAAACAGUUUAAACAGGUGCAUCUAACUGAUAACCUGGGCAAACUCUCCCGUAUCCUUGAGACAGACCAUUUCGCCCUUGUUGUGCAUGAACAGAUUCAGUACAUGAGUGAUGGAUCCCCCAAGAUGAGGCAGAUGGUGUUUGGGGUUGUGACAGCCAUUGACCUGCUGAACUACGUGGCUACACGUGAGAGGAGGGAACGCUCUCUGUCUGAGUGCUCUCUGUCUGAAGAGCUGUGAACGACCAAACAUGGAGUGUUGCUUUUUCUAUAUAUAUAUAUAUAUAUAAUUUCUUAAAGUAGCAUGCUCAAUCAUAAAUAAGAACUAUGCUUUUUUUCUCUGUAAGAGCCAAUCAACAUAGUUUUACAGGUCAUUUGACAGAUUUUGUACUCCGUCUCUUGAUAGAUCUCAUUCUUCUUUGGUCCUCAUGUGCAUUCUUUUGUUAAAUGCCAUAAUGAAGUAAUCUCACAAUUCAAUGAACCACUAUUUGCAGAUUUGUUUUAUUUUGAUUUUCUCAAGAUUUGUAUAUUUAAAUUAUUAUGUAUUUUAUUCUUCCAACAAUUCUGCAUGCAGUAUAGUUUGGGAUUUAGUUUAGCUGAAGUAUUUGUGAUGGGGCUGCAUUCAGGCUCUUUCUAAUCUAGAUGUAUAUUGCCUCCUAGUGACUGCAGUAGUUUCCAACAGACAGUGAUUAAAUUUCACCAUUCAUGUUCUGCUUCUUAGCACAGUGAUCUCUGCAGUGUGUAGGAAGUUUGCAGGCAUGAUUAACAAUGACUGACAAAGCAAAUAAAAGGUGAGUAUUGCAAACCAAACUGCACCCAGGCAGGGAGACUUGGUGAUUUUUCUUGUACUGAAACAAGAUUUCAAAGAUAUGAUGCUGAAUGUAAAUAAAUAAUAGGGUGGUAUGGACUUGCCAGUACAGCGGUUUAAACAGACCACUCUGGCUUGAGCAAAAAAAAAAAAAAAACAUUCUAUCAUUCUGACCUCCUGUUAAGAAAAACUGCAACUUGUAGAGACUGGAUAAUAUUCUUUGUUAAAGAGUAAAGAAAAAUGACUGUGUGUAUAUAGGAAUAUGUGAAUUAAAUGAAUGUAAGUGAGGGUGCAUUAGGUAGCUCUCAUGUUUACGGUUUCAGUUAAUGCUGCUGGAGGUCUCUCACUCAGAAUGUAUGUGUCUCUUCUGUUAUGUUGUUUAGCAUAAGUUGAUUUAGCUUUUUCUUGAAUCUGGUUACUGUAAUAAGUACUGGCUACAAAUAAAGGCUUUAUUUCCUGAA